CAUUGGAUCUUUCAAGGCCGAGAGAGUUUCAACAAUGGCUCAACUAAUGUACUUCAGUCCCCGUAAGGUAUUUUAUCUUGCUUUCUUCGCGUUGGUUUCUCUGAUAUUUUGUGCCUCCAUUGAUAGCCACGAGCUUCAAACCAAUCGGUUUGGUGCUACAAGGAGGAGAUUGUUGGAGCUUGAAGAAGAAGACGAGCAGGUGUUGUUGAAGAAGAAAAGCUUCGAUUUGAGUACCAAGAAAUCAGUCAACUUAUCAACCAAAAACCAAACCAAACUUAUCAAAUCAUCGAAUAUAUCAACCAAAACCCAAACCAAACUCGUGAAAUCAUCGAAUUUGUCCACUAAGAACCAAACCAAGCUUUCGAAACCUACCAAUUCAACAAAAGCAGCAAAAACAACAGUGUCCGGUAGCCUUUCGAUGCCCAAGACUGAACUUACUAAUAAGCAGCUCAAUUCAUCAACUUCCAUAAUCAAGAAGCUCAGUUCCACAACAUCAAAAGCCACCAAGACCAUACAAACCUCGGAUCUGCUCAAACCUAACCCUUCCAACAACAAAACACUGGCAGACAAGAAACUGGCCGACAGUGGUGCUCAAUCUUCAAAAACUCAAAACAAGUCAAUCCAAGGGAAAAAACCGACAACCCAGAUUCAGAAACAACAGAAGAAGCAGCCCAGUUGGAUGGACGAGGAAGAUGAUACUGAUUUAGUAACGGAGUUCCGAGAUCUGCCGACCAAGUUCCAGGAAACCCUGAUCCCAGACCUUGAGAGAAUCUCGAGGACCUCAAAAGUUUACAUCACCAAAUACAACAAAGAGUUCACGAAACAGUUCAAGCCAUAUGUCGGCAACAAACACGCCCCCACCAUUGCCACCGUAAUCUCAUGUGCUUUCCUUUUAAUCCCUUUACUGUUGGUUUCCCUCAUUUUUAACCGCAUCAAAGCCUACUUUUCACUCCAAAAGAUGCUCAUUUUUAUCCAAAUUUAUCUUUCGAUUUACUUCUCAAUCCUCUGCCUCACUUCCCUCGUCACUGGGCUCGAGCCAUUGAAGUUUUUCUACGCCACUUCGCGGUCGACCUACGUGUGUUUACAGGUUCUUCAAACACUGGGCUACGUGCUCUACUUGCUGCUGCUUUUGAUGAAUCUGAUCCUUGUAUUCUCAACCAACUCGGGUCUCGGAUCCAAGAUGUUGGGCUUGGGUCAAAUUAUCGUGGGGUUCGCUGUCGGUUUGCAUUACUACGUGGCGGUGUUUCAUAGGGUGGUUUUGCAUCAACGGCCGAAGACCAAUUGGAAGGUCCAUGGUAUGUACGCCACAUGUUUCCUUGCCAUUUGUCUGUUUGCAAGAGCUGAUAAGAGAAAGAAGGCUUACUUGGAAGAAGGUGGUGAAGAGGGAAAGAUGAAUUAAGUACUACAAUUUUUUUUGGAGUACAUUAUUGUUAUAAUAAUAAUUACUAUUGUUUUUAGUCGGUCCAAAAAUGUCAUAAUCUCAGCCAC